AUGGGCCCACCACCACUCGCGGGCCUGUUCAUGCACCUCCGCAUCACCAUAUCGCGGCCAGCCUUAACUCCAACCCUGCUACCCGACUCGCGGAUCCGCCUCAAGCCCACUCGCGGCCCGCUCUACCCUUCAGCUCGCGUCACCCGGCCCACCUUCCACCUCAAGCCCACUCGCGGCCCGCUCUACCCUUCAGCUCGCGUUUCUGGCCCACCUUCCGCCUCAAUACCCACUCGCGGCCCGCUCUACCCUUCAGCUCGCGUCGCCCGGCCUGCUCAGUGCACUCGCGGCCCGCUCUACCCUUCAGCUCGCGUCACCCGGCCCGCUCAGUGA